ACGAAUGCGAGCUGCAAAAAUUCAUUUCCUUGGUAAAUUGCACACUACUGUCUUUACAAAUGGCAAAAUUUACAUCGUAAGUGAUUCUGUGUUACAUUUACAAGAUAAGGUGGUGGCGAAAUUACUGAAUAAAAACUCUCUGCGGUAAUCCCAUUCUUUACUGUUGCGAAGCUCUGUGAAUGGAGAAAACGAUACAAUAAACCGUCAGUUUAAGAGACAUGAAGUACCAAGCAAACUAGAAGUCAUUAAUCGUGAACACGCCCAUCGAUAAAUCUCAUUAAGCUGUCGCGAAGCCUCCACGGUCAUGUACUGUUUGGCGAGAAUAAAUUCGAGGAGAUCCUUUUAUAUCUUCAUUUUAUGUACAACAAUGGUGACCGUCACGUGGUUUCAUCAGGGCCCAUGGUUCCAGAAUGUAUAUCUUUAUAUGCAAUCGAAUACAGAACUAGCAUCGUCUACCAGUGGAGAGAAUACAGCGAUUCUAAGGGCAUUACAUCCUAUUAUGACGUCACUCAAUUGGACAAGAAAUCGUAAGAGUAUAGGCGCUCUCAAAAUAAAAGAACAUACAGAAGCUUUGAAGCCGUGUCUCAGCUCCUCUGAAAUCCCAAAAGUUAGGAUAGAUCCACGAAAGAAUAAAACUACCCUCGCCCGUGUGAACGCCGAGAUAUUUGGUUCCAUGGUCCGGAAGGUCAGACAUGCAGCUGGAACUGCCAAUAAAUCCCUUCCAAGCAUCCUGAUGAAGCGGAGGUCGAUCCAGAAAGCAGCUAGCUCCAUCGACCAGACGAUCUCCAAGAUGAAUCUCGCUGUCGACGUGGAUGAUUACCGGGUUCUUCCCGGUGGUCAUUGGAUUCCUUUGUCUUGUCGACCUUUAUGGAAGGUAGCGAUUGUAGUGGGGUUUAGAAAUCGAUUUCAACAUCUACCAAUCUUUCUCCGGCAUAUUGUGCCUCUUCUGAAAAGACAAAAGCUGGAAUUUUCCAUCUUCAUAUCAGAGCAGAGAAAUAACUUACUUUUCAACAAAGCCAUGGUAAUGAACAUCGGUUUCAUCGAGGCAAUGGAGUUCAAUGAUUUCGACUGUGUGGUUUUCCACGACGUCGAUCACCUCGCUAUGAAUGUCAGAAACUACUAUGGAUGUGAAAAUAUGCCAAAACAUUUUGAGUCCGGUGAACCGAAGUGGAAUUGGAAGCUCCCAUACCAAGAACUCUUUGGCGGCGCGGUUGGUGUGACAACGUCGCAGUUUGUGGAGAUCAACGGCUUCCCAAACGUUUACUGGGGAUGGGGUGGUGAGGAUGACGAUUUCUACAACAGGGUGGUUGCCAACGGAUUUAAACCAUCGCGACCCGAAGGAGAGAUCGGAUACUUCGAUACAAUAGAACACAACAGCAAGGACUCGAGUCGACUAAACAUUGCAAAAUUUUGUCUCCAAAAGCAGUGCGCCGAGAGAAUGUCGACGGACGGCUUAUCAAACUUGAAGUACGAACCUCCGACGAUAGAGCUUCAUCCCCUCUAUACCAACAUCUCUGUCAACAUCCAGAGGUUGCCAUGGAAUCCAAAAUGGAAGAGAUGCGACACAUUGGACACGAUGUACUCGCUCUGA